AUACGACUGUCUUACUGCCUGAACAGAAAGAACACACCGAGUUAAUUAUCUGUUGAAUCAAUGUAUAUUUAUUUACAUGUAUUUAUAGUACAACUGUUUAUUAUAAAUUUUAUCUGUAAAUCUAACAUAUUAUUCAGGCGAUCUAAUUAAACCCCUCAUCAAGCUACAGACUGCGCUAGCUUGAAUGUGUGAAAGCACACUUAACAUUAUCACUAGUUUAGACAGCUCGAAAACAGUUAAUCUUCAUUUAGUUUGCAGUGUGCAGCAACGCUGAAGGCAUGCAUAAGCAAAAAGCUGAAGGGUGUCCACAGAAAAUUACGGAUGCAGCUCAGUAUUGUGAAGCAAGUGCUGAUUUGUCUUCGCCUGUCAUUGCAGCCUUCAAAGUAUUCCAGAAGGAGCUUGACACCAAACACGACAAAUACGAGCGCCUUGUCAAGAUCAGUCGGGACGUCACCAUAGAGAGCAAGAGGACUAUUUUUCUUUUGCACAGAGUGACAAGUGUUCCAGAUGUAGAGGUCGUGUUGAAUGAGGCAGAUGGAAAACUGGAUGGAGUGAGACAGAAAAUUGGUCAGAUUGCUGAAGAGCUGAAAGGAGAGGAUAUCUUUCAGUUUCACAGAGCGUUCACUGCAGGAAUCCAGGAGUAUGUGGAGGCCGCCUCCUUCCACUACUACAUCCGCCAUCGCAGCCUCAUCAGUCUGGAGGAGAUCAAUGCCAAGCUGGUGUUCAUGAUAGGAGACAAGGGCUCUGCUGACACCCAUCCAAUUGGAGCUCAGGUCCUGACCUUCCAGGUGAUGCCCUCAGACUAUCUGCUCGGCAUAGCAGACCUGACAGGAGAGCUGAUGCGCCUGUGCAUUAGUAGCGUGGGCAACGGCGACAUCGACACGCCCUUCCAGCUGAGCCAGUUCCUGUGCCAGAUCCACGAUGGUUUCUCCUUCAUCGGGAACACUGGUCCUUAUGAGGUGUCCAAGAAACUGCACACACUGCGUCAGAGCCUGGGCAAAGUGGAGGACGCCUGCUACACCCUACGAGUUCGUGGUUCUGAAAUUCCCAAACACAUGCUGGCUGAUGUCUUCUCUAGUCGGAACACUCACAUGGACCCAGAGGAAGGUGUGGUCUAAGUCCUUUACAAUCUUUUCUUUAAUUUAGCCCAUCUUAAUGUUGGAAUAUCCGGUAAGGGGCUUUGAUAUGUUUAAUAAUGUUCUUUACUUUUUCGUACUAUAAAAUAAAAAGGUUGGAAUAAAUCAAAUGUAUUUUUUCUCAAGAUAAAGAUAUGAUGACUUCAGCAUUCUGCGCCAAGUUUGCCCUGCUUUGCCAGACUUUAGGUUCCUUUGAUAACGUGUUUAUUUUAUUUCGCUCUCUGGCCUUCCUCUAUCACACGCAGAUAAUCUAAGGUAGAACAUGUGACCUUUGUUCAGGCCCAUUCUCUGGCAGCCUCCUGACGCACAGGCACGCAUACAUACACAAAACAACCCCUGUAUUCUUGGCACGGAGCGCCCCCCUCCUGUUAUCUCAUCACCUAUAAGACACAUCACUUGUGUCUAGUUUUUGCUGUAUAAACUAUGAUCCAGUGUUGAAAAGAUUCUUUGUGAGUUUUCUCAUUUCUGCGUUGAUCUGACAACUUGCAGGGCUUCUGCACGAGCUGUGUUUCAGUGAAUCUUCAUGAUUUGAUGAAUGCUUUUGCAUAUUAUCAAAUGGUGCAAUUCUACUUUUCACUCCCUGUUGUAUUUAGCCUCUAGACUUAAUAAAAGGGUAAGUCUGCCAUCUGCUGGUAGACAUCAGUACUGAUGUGCGUGGAAAAUGUAG